CCGCCCCUCGUGCCGCCGCGCAGACUCCGAAGGGCAGCGGGCGCGAGGUCAGAGUCGCUUCGCCUGGGCGGCGGGGUCGGAGCGCGGCCCGCCCCGCCCCGCCCGGAGCCGGCGUGUGUCGCUGCGGCGGGGGAUGACGAGCCGCCCCGCUCUUGAUCCGGUUCGGGAUUUCCAGCCGGCAUCUCCUCCUGGGCAGCCCCUGCUCGGGGCACUGGGAACGGGCCAGUGCAGCCGGCCCCGGAUCUGUGUUGCCGGGAGCAGCAAUUGCGUCCUGGUCUUUAUUGGGGGGCCGCUUCUCGUUUACACUAAAACCGCUUUACACCCCAGGAGUGUAAAGCGGCCACCGAUGCCAGAACUGGGCGGACCAGGGAGCCGUGCCCCCCCCCCCCUUAACAAAUGAAACAGUGUUGUGGAAAAAUAGGAUCGUUUGUGGGGUCACGUGCCCCCGAGAUUUCUGCCCGGGUUCGCGCCAGAAAGUGGUCAGCAGCAGCAGCCCUGUUAGCACUGUGCCGAGGCGGGAGGGGACAGGGCUGCUUCCAGCCGCAGGCGGGAGGAGGGGAGCGGGGAUAACCUUGCCUGUGUCUUUGUAGAGCUCAUCCCUUCCCUCCUGCGGCUGGCAGCUGCUCCCCUCCCUGCCUGCCUGCACAGCACUGGAAGUAGGGUGACCAUAUUUCCCAAAGGGAAAAUGGGACACAGGGCAGAGCUGGUCUGACCCACCCAGCGAGAAAUGUAGAUUUUUUACUAUUGCUAAACUCUUUAUCCUUUUACUUCAGAAACAGACACUUUGAUUAAAAAAAGAAGUCAUGAAUUUUCAGAUCAACAUAACAUGUCCGAUGUUUCUAAAAGGAAGAGAUCCGGUUUUUUACUAAAAGUUUUAAAAUAUUAAACUUUUUAUUUUGAUAAGAAUUGGAUAAAUAAUCUAUUUUGGAAUCUUUCUGGGCAUAAAUUCAGCCGUGUUUCUGGACUCAUCCGGCUGCAAAUCUGAUUUUUAAAUCAAUUUCAAAUAUCUGACAUAGGAACAAAGGAAUUGUCAUAUUGGAUCAGAUCCAAUAUCGGGUGGCCAGCACCAGAUGCUUCAAAGAAAGGUGUAAGAACUCCACAACAGACAGAUGUCGGAUGACCCCCCCUCCCCUCCACAUGAUGUCUCAUCUCAACCUCUAAUAAUUAGAGAUUUGCCUAAACUCUGAAACAUGAGGAACAGGAUGGCCAUGGAGGAGGAGCAUCCAUGUGUUGACCUGAACACUAAGUAUCCUGAUGUGGUUGUAAAGGUUGGAAAAGUAAUUUUUGGUGAGACAUACAGGAAGGAAAAGAACAAACCACACAUCAAGAAGAAACAAAAAGAUAAUAUCUCCCAAGCAGCGUGUGCAUUGUUGAAUUCAGGAGGAGGUUUGAUAGAGGCAGAGAUUGAAAAUGAGGGCUACAAUGAAGCAGAUGGGCUUGGGAAGGAUAUAGAAGAUUCCCUUACAGAUCUUAUUCCAUCUCAAAUGUUUGCAGACUACUUUAGCAUUAAGCAAGACAGCAAACUUUUAAUCUUUGUUAAAUCAUGGAGAAUUGAAGUUUCAUCUUCAUCCAGUAUUUCAUCUUCAUCUCAUAUUUGCAGCCAGAAAACAGGCUUGUACCAGAGAUGUGGCACUUCUGUUAAACUCAUGAAUUCUAGUGUUGCUGCACAAUUUUUCAAAAGGAAGAAAGAGUGUUCCAGGAGAAGAUCUGAUAAGACAGAGCAAGGAGCUGAGAGAGCUGUACUGAAUGGUGUUGAGGAAGAACAUGACUCUAUUGAAAAUAUUUUUAAUGUACAGCACCUCACCCAUGGUGAGAAGCUGAACUUCUCUGAGUCGACACGUGUUGACUAUAAAGAGUUUGCUUCAACAGACAACCUGAACAUCAUCCAGAAAGACAUUGAAGACAAAUUGCCAAAGUACAUCUCUGCUUUUGCAAACACGCAGGGAGGAUAUUUAUUUUUUGGAGUGGAUGAUGAGAGGAAAGUUGUUGGUUGUAAAAAAGAGAAUGUAACAGACAAUCAGUUACUCAGGAUAGUAGAGUGUGGCAGGCAGAAGGUGCGGCAUGUCUUACAUUUCUGCAGUUCUAGGCCAGAACUGAUUGUUGUCCCUAAAAUCCUGAAUGUACGGGAUAAUCAGGGAAACUUGUAUGGCUAUGUGUGUGCUGUGAAAAUUAAGCCAUUCUGUUGCGCUGUGUUUUUGCAUAAUCCUGACUCGUGGAUCGUGAAGGAUGACCGAUUUCAAAGAUUGAUGGCCAAGGACUGGAUGGACCUGAUGACAACAUCUGACCCAGAGAUUUCAAAUUUAGCUGAAGUUCUGAAGACUGCGCUCAGUCUGUCAGGUGCGUCCCCACUCUCCAAACCCGUGUUUUCCAACAAAGGCCUCACGUGUCUGUCUGAUCUGCGAACAGCUCUAUUUCCAGUGUAUUCUAAUACAAUAAUAUAACCAAAAAACCUCACCAACGGGCUGUUUUCAGAGUAUCCAGGGCUGGAGAAUUUAAUGAAAGAGCAAAUGGAAGAGCUCCACGAUUCUCGGGGACUGGUGAUAUUUUCAAGGAGCUGGGCUGUUGAUGUUGGAUUGCCAAAAAAUCAGCAAGUUGUCUGUGAUGCUCCGUUGAUAGCCGCAGGCAAACACCCAACGCUGUACACUGUCACUGAGAAGGACUGUUCUGUGAAUAUGUUUGAAUAUGCAAGACAAACUGCUCGUGCAUUGAAACAGAAACUGGUAAAUGUUGGGGGAUACACUCAGAGAGUGUGUGUGAUUCCCCAUCUCCUACAGCUUGAAACCAAUGAAGAAAGAAAUACAGAGUUAGGUUUGCAAGUUAAGUACCCUGCUAGCUACAAUGUAUCCCUGAAGGACAUAACAAAAUUACUGGACUCGCUUGUGAUAAUCUUAUUGAGUUUUAGGUCUUUUUUAAGUGACAGCCUUGGGUGUGAAUUUUUUAAUCUCCUCACAGUUAAACAAUAUGAGAUACUUUCAAAAGAUCUCCACAAAUGCAGGAAGCUGUUUAUCUAUGGCCUGCCAGGAACAGGGAAAACAAUAGUAGCCCUGAAGAUCAUCGAGAAGAUAAGGCACAUGUUUUGCUGCCAGUCUGAUGAGAUUCUCUACAUUUGUGAGAACCUGCCGCUGAAAGAGUUUGUGAGAGAAAAAGGCAUUUGCCAGUCUGUGACAAGAGUAACUUUCGUGAGGAACAAUUUUGAAAAGGUGAAACACAUAGUAGUUGAUGAAGCCCAGAAUUUCCGGGAAGAGGAUGGCCAUUGGUAUAGGAAGGCUGAAUAUAUCACCCAAAGUCAUAAUGAGCCUGGUGUUUUCUGGAUCUUUUUGGACUAUUUACAGACAAGUCACCCUUUCGUAUCUGGUCUUCCACUUGCACGCCAGCAUGACCCUGUGGAAUCACUAACCCAGGUGGUCCGUAAUUCCAGGGAGAUAAACGGCAACAUAAAAAGACAAAUGGAAAGGAUUGUACGAGAUAAAAAAUUAGGAGAUGUUCCUUAUGAGCGUUUAAAAAAGUUGUUAAGUAAAGCCACAUGUGGUCACGAUAUAUCAGGUGAUUAUACCAUAAAAAGAGACUUAAAUAUGAAUGAAAUAGCAAAUUAUGUGGCUAGACAAUGUUUUGGCUAUUUACAAAAGGGUUACUCAGAGAAAGAGAUUGCUAUUCUGUUCAGCACAAACAACGAUAAAAAAAAUUAUGAACACAUAUUAAAAAAAGAAAUGAGGAAAUUCAGGCUGAAUCCAGUUUUCCAAGAAGCAGAUGAAAUACAGGGAAAGCAUAUUAUUCUUGACAGCAUCCGUCGCUUUUCUGGCCUAGAAAAGAGCAUUGUGUUUGGUGUCAAUCCAGUCUCUACCCAGGAGAUGAUUUCUGACAACCUUUUACUCUGUGUGGCAUCCAGAGCUAAUUUACACCUCCAUUUGCUGUUUGAAAAGAUCCCCAGUGGUUACUCGGGAGUUGUUUAAUAACCCAUCUAGGGUUUGCCUAUGGUUCUAGUAGCGCAUAGAGGAUGAGCUAUAUUCAUGAUAUGGUUUUUGGCCCAUGGUUCCAAAUUUGCAAAAGGGAGACAUUUCACAGUCCCUAGCUAAUAAACUACUUGAGACCUGCCGAUGCACAAUAAAACAGAAAUAAAGUUACAUGGCACGCAAUGGGCAAUUUGAACCACUGUGGGUCCUAACUACUGUUGAGAGUUUCCAUGGAUUAGUGCAACAUCUUGUUUAGACUUUGGUUGCAUGGAAAUGAACUGACAAGUGGUAGCAUCAUGUUUUUGGAGUGAGUGUGGGGAUUGGAAGAGUUCCUGGGUUCUAGUCCUCACCCUACCACUUCCCCAAGGCUACACUGUGCAAGUAAGUCAUUCGAGCCUGAUUUUCAGAAGUGGCUUCUGAUUUUGCAUUCCUGGGUUGUUUUUUUUGGGUGCCCAGGGUUAGAGACCUAGUCUCCUACAUCCAUAUUUAGGCUAUUAAAGAAAUAUAACUGGAUUUUUGGAAAGAUGGUUAGCACUCCAAACUCCACUUGAAGUUAGUAGGAGCUACAGGUACUCAGCAACUCUGAAAAAGAGGAUUUUUUUAUAUUUAGGAACCAAAUUUUAUAUACCUAGCUUAGAAAUGUUUGGCCCUAUGGACAUGUUUUCAGAUACAUUGAUCACCCACAGCUCCUACUGAAGUUUUAGGUGCUAAGCACUUUUGAAAAUCAGGUCUUGAGUUUCGAAAGCUGGGCAUACAAAAUGAGAGGCCAGUUUAGAAAAUGUAGAUCUUAGUCUCUGACUGGUGUUGGAGAUAAUACUUACCUGUCUUCCACAGGACUGUUGUGGCUUCUUUAAAGUUUGGGGAACUGUUUGAAAUCCUCUGGAGGGAGACAUUAGAACAUUACAAAGCAUUAAUAUUAUUGAGCAACUGGAGCAGACUUCAAAUUCAAAUAUUUUAUUUGAUGCUGCAGUUGGUUCCAAGAGCAGUUAGCUCCCAAGGUAGCCAGCCCAGAUGGAAUGCUAGAAGGCAACCAGAGAACCCUGGAGGAGGAAAGUUUGGAGUGAUGUAACCUUGAAAGUUAUUUGGCAUAGGACAGGACUGCAUGGUCCAAGGAAACUUUAGUAGCCUCAGAAUAUUAGGGGUGAAAUAUUAGCCCUCUUAAGUCAAUGGAACCAGGAGUUCACCCUAGGUUUGAACCUUGGAAUGAUGACCUUCAGAUGCUAUAUAAAACAUUUUAGGGUAACCUGAGAGCAAACAAAGGUUUGGUUUGGUUACUCAAUGCAAAUCAAACCACUUAUUAUAUUUGGCUCAUAGUUCAACUUGAUUUGUAUUUAGGAAUAAGUAACUAGCAAAACUGAUUAAUUUGCACUUAUAUUUGAGCAAGGGAAAGCUUAUUCAGAUCUACUUACAUUCACUACUAACUACAAAAGUACAGCCCUGGGUCUUGGGUCUUUGCUGAGUUCUCUUUUCUUCAUUCUCAUUCAGAAUUUUGGUUCCCUCUUUAAUUCAACAUCUAUGUUCUAUAGCCAGUGAGUGCCUACAUCUUUUGGAAUUUGAUAACUGAGUUCUUUAGCAAAAUAUGUGGAAGGUUUUCUUUUUAAGAGAAGUGAGUAGGUGCCCAAGAUUUACAUCAGUUAUGAUUAAACUCAAGGGAAGUCAUUGUGUUUAACUAGAGUCUGCCUUGAUUGGGAGUUUGCACCCAGUUUGACAAAUGUGUUAGGCUAGAUAUCCUUCUGAUCCUCAAGUAGCUACAGCUUUCAGUAAACUUUUUCCAUCUGCUUGGGCUGGGAAACUGUACCCCUUCCUUUGUGACCUCCUGCCUGGAUCACUGCAACUCACUGUACCUAGGGUGACCACGUCUGCUUUUGCAAUACCUGCUACUGGUCUAGAACUAUCUAGGUGGCCGUAUGGCCCUCCUGGUCCCUGGAGUAUCUGAGCAUCUGUAUGCAACAGCAGUCUUCUCAGCAAUUAUGCUCCACAAAAAAUUCCAGGUCAUAUUGAAAGUCUUGGUCUUCGUUUGAUAAUACCAGUUGACUGCAGCUGCCCAGAGGAGAUCAUUCCAGGGGACAGAAAGGUGGUUUCUUAGAUAAUUUUCAAAGCCAUCCAUGCAAUAGGCUCAAACUAUCAGACUUGCUGAUAUAACUUGAGAGUGCAAGAUAGAACCUCCUUGGCAGUCGGUUCACGAUCCAGUUUUCUAUGCCCCAGCCUGAAUGGAGUUUUACUCCAGGAAUGAAUUUGGCGCAGUGACUUUAUUGCCUUUUUUUGGUUUUAAGCUAUUUUGUGCUUGUCCUUAAAGGAAUGAACUAUAGGCGCCUUGUUUGUCUAGAAUUUUUGGUUACGUUUUAAUUGGCUGCCUGUUAACUCAAACUAAAUAACAAUUGUAAAUUCUAAUGCUGAACAUCCAUAAUGCUCAGCUAGGAACAAUGAUUGUGUCCUGGGUCUAGAUCAGUUUUUACAAUGCAAUGUAUUAUUUCCAGGGUUUUCAGUCUGUGGGUCACAACCCCGUGAGGAGGGUGAGAAAGGGUGAGUUGGCGAACAGGUUUCAUGAAGGUCACGAACUCACUCAUUUUUUGCCUUCCCUUACCCAUUUUUCAAAAAAAAAAAAAAUAUUUCCAGCCUUCACACUUGUGGAGUGUAAACAGAUUCAGUGAUGCCUGCUUGAGUCUGCAGACAGCCUAAAACAAUAGUUCUAAGAGGUGUGAACUGCCCAGUUCAUCUCUUACCAAUGCCCUGUGGAUUCUGCCACUCUGAGGCCAUGGAACGUGGCAUUUUUCCAACAGGACAAAGAAUUCAGCAUUUUUGCUAAUGGCACCACUUUGCUUUCUGGUUCCCUGCUGAGAACCUGCCUGCAGCUACCUCUUGCUCUCAAACUUUCCUCUUGAGGGUUAGUUAAGUGGUUACAGUGCCUGAUCCUGAGAUUGUUCCACGCAGCCAGGCACCAGCAUGGUCGUAACUACCAUCCUAUUUCCCCCCACUUUUAUGGAUCUAUCAAUUGCAGCCUGAUUUUCUUGUCUGGUGGACUAAUAAUCAAAUCCGAUUGUGGUAAGAAAAAUAAUAAACCAGAUUCAUGAUUAUGUAGCACAUAAUUUACCAUUUUCUAUAAGACUAUUGAUUUUCUGCUUUUCUGCAACUACGAAAUGUUUUUAUACAUGCUUGGAUUCAAAUUUAGAGAACUGUAGGCUAAGAUUGCAUUUGUUAAUAUGUCAGGUGUUUUCUUUCGUGGAUUUAAAAUGAGUCCGUGCUAACUACAUUAUUUGUCUCAAACAUAAAGAACCUGUCUGUAAAAUCACAUGAAAUAAAUCUUAAUUUACAAAUU